AUGCCCGGGAUCGACCCACAAAUCGCUUGUCACAAGCUCAACAUCGAUCCGACAUACAAGCCGAUCAAGCAGAAACACCGAAAACUCGGACCAGAGAAGGCACAAGCCGUCAACGAUGAAGUCGAGCGGUUACUCAAAGCAGGAUCCAUCACUGAGGUCAAGUACCCUGAUUGGCUAGCAAAUCCCGUGGUUCUAAAAAAGAAGAACGGAAAAUGGAGGAUUUGCGUCGACUUCACCGACCUCUAUAAAGCAUGUCCAAAAAACAGCUUUCUUUUGCCUCAUAUCGACCGCCUCGUGGAAGCGACUGCCGGGAACGAACUACUCUUGUUUAUGGAUGCAUUCUCCAGGUACAACCAGAUUCUUAUGCAUCCACAAGAUCGGGAUAAGACAUCGUUCAUCACGGAUCGCGGCAUAUACUGCUACAAGGUUAUGCCCUUUGGCUUGAAGAACGUUGGAGCAACGUACCAACGCCUGGUCAAUCGAAUGUUCGCAAGCCAGCUCGGGCGAACUAUGGAAGUCUACAUUGACGACAUGCUCGUCAAGUCACUUGUCGCUACAGAUAACGUCGGCCAUCUUCGCACAUGCUUCGAUAUUCUAGACCAAUAUGGCAUGAAGCUCAGUCCCACUAAGUGCACGUUCGGUGUAACGUCUGGUGAGUUCCUCGGAUACAUAGUCACACAGCACGGCAUUGAAGCUAAUCCGAAGCAGAUCGCAGCUAUACUCGAGUUGCCGUCCCCGACAACCAAACGAGAAGUCCAACGACUAACCGGACGCAUUGCGGCACUUAAUGGAUUCAUAUCCAGAUCGACAGACAAGUGCUUGCCGUUCUACCAACUUCUCCGCGGUAAUAAGCAUCUGGAAUGGAAUAAUAAGUGUGAGGAAGCUUUUUCCGAACUUAAGAAGUACUUAUCUACGCCACCAGUUCUAUCCAAGCCCGAAACCGGCGAGACGCUCUACCUCUACAUCGCGAUCUCGGAGUAUGCGAUCAGCAGUGUCCUCUCACACUCGAUCGUUGUCCUAACCGACCAUCCUCUUCGUACCUUCCUUCACAGCCCAAGUCAAUCUGGCCGUCUCGCCAAAUGGGCCAUUGAACUUAGCGAAUACGAUAUCGAAUACCGAGGAAGAACCGCAACGAAAUCCGAAGUCUUGGCGGACUUUUUGGUCGAACUCCCACCCGACCUCGUCGAUGCUAACCCGGCCGUACAACCCUGGAUCCUCCAUGCCGAUGGCUCCUCUUCCCAUAAAGGAUCCGGCGUCGGAAUUCGUCUAAAAUCUCCCGAAGGUGAAAUCAUCGAGCAAUCAUUCCGCCUCGACUUCCUGGCAUCUAACAACGAAGCCGAAUAUGAAGCGCUAAUUUCCGGACUACAACUCGCCAAAGGAAUCGGCGCCAAACACGUCCACGCCUACUGCGACUCUCAACUCGUAGCUAAUCAGUUUCACGGCGAAUACAAAACCAAGAAUGAUCGCAUGGACGCAUACUUCAAAGUCCUCAAAGAUAUUGCUUCAGAAUUUUCGACCUUUGAGCUCACGAAAAUACCGCGUGACGAGAACGCAACCGCUGACGGUUUAGCCGCCCUUGUGACUAACUCCGAUCCUGAUCUCUGGCGAACAAUCCCAGUCGCGGCAAUCGAACGACCUAGUAUCGAGCCCGCUCCAAGCUGCAGCAUUGUUACAAGACGACGCGACUACGACGCCCGGCCCAACCUCGCUCCACCCCUCACCCGAAAGACAAGGCCUAAGGAAAUUGCCAGUGAUCUCCAUACCAAUAUGAACGAACAAGACGACAACGAUUCCGAUCAUGAGGACGAAUCCGAAGGCCAACACGUCCCAAUCGAUAUCGAAGCUGAAGGCGAGGACGAGCCCGAAGAUUGGACUUUAGAGAUCGUGGGCUACAUUGGCGAUGGAACGGUUCCCGCAGACAAAUGGGCAGCUCUGCGCCUUAAGGCUCGCGCAGCUCGAUACGUAGUUAUUAAAGGCACUCUCCUUAGAUGGGACUCGUCCGGCGUACUUCUAACUUGUGUUCACGGUAACGACAUCAUGGAAGUUAUGCAGAAAGUACAUGAAGGAGAAGGAUGGAAUCAUUCUGGAGCUCGGUCCUUGGCAUUCAAGAUCAAAAAAGCUGGCUAUUACUGGCCUACUAUGCUCUCCGACUGCGAGAAGUAUACUGCACGAUGCGAGAAGUGCCAACGUCACGGCCCAAUGAUCAACCUACCUACCAAACUACUGAUGACCUCGACCGCACCAUACCCUUUCAUGCGUUGGGAAAUGGACAUCAUCGGCCCAUUUCGCCGAUCUACAACCCAGAAGCAAUACGUUCUGGUCGUAACCGAGUACUUCACCAAGUGGGUUGAAGCCGAGGCGUACCCCGAGAUACACGGCAUCGAUGUCAAAAAGUUCGUCUGGAAAUUCAUCAUUUGCCGACACGGCGUUCCGUAUGAGAUCGUCACAGAUAACGGCACUCAGUUCACCUCAAUAAUUUUCACAGAAUUUUGCGCCAAGUGGAAAAUCCGCCUCAGUUUCUCUACACCGCGAUACCCACAAGGAAACGGGCAAGCCGAAGCAACGAACAAAACCAUUAUUGAUGGUCUGAAGAAGCGACUGGAUACGGCUAAGGGAACUUGGGCGGACGAACUCGAUGGCGUCUUAUGGUCCCAUCGAACUACACCACGACGUUCUACCGGUCAAUCACCCUUCUUCCUCGCGUACAGUACGGAAGCUAUGUAG